AUGGAGAUACGACGCUCACAAGUAGUAGCCAAGAGGCUAUGGAAUGUGCUGAGGAUCGCAUUCUUCAUGAUAAGGAAGGGAGUUGUAUCGAAGAGGAAGUUGAUGAUGGACAUGAAUUUGAUGAUGAACAGAGGGAGGCUCCUGAGGAAGUCUCUCAGCAAUCUCAUCCCCCACCAUCACCACCACUCUCGAUCAUCAUCUGCUUCAAAAUCCAAGAUGGCUCGUGGAGGCUUCGGCGGCGUACAGGAAUAUUAUGAGUUCUCCUGCAGCAACAGCACAAAUCCUGUUUUUUCCCACUUGCCAACAAAGCGCAAGUGCAACCACCAAUAUUCCUACUACUUCCCCUGCAUCAACUCUCCUCAGGUCAUGGCGGAUCAAAUGGAAAACUAUUAUUUGGAAGAUCAACAUGUCGAUCAUGUUGAUGAUGAGCCUCCUACUACUAAUAAUAAGGCUUUUGAUGGGGGAGACCAGAAGAUGAUGAGAAGCCCACACAAUCUCAUGUCCCCAUUUUCUGUAAGAGUAUCCAACUAUUCUUCUUCAGAAGAUCAUGAUCAUGUUCAUAUUGCGGAAGAUGAUGAUGAAAACGAAAAUGGCCGUGGAGGUGGAGUGGAUGACCAGGCUGAGGAGUUCAUCACAAGGUUCUAUGAGCAGCUGAGGGCGCAGAGUCGGAUGCAACUUUUACAGUAG